UCAAGUCAAUUGCGUUUACCUGUACCAGGCAGAACACAGAAGGCAGUAAGGCACUGUGUGAAGUUUGGAGAUAGGUCAGGUGUAGCUGUUAAUAAUGAGAGCGAAGCAAGUGUUUCGUAUAUUUCUGCUGAGCUUUUGCUUGCAACUGGGAGUUAAUGCUGCAGUACCGAGAAUAGGAGUUAUUGGUGGAGGUAUUGGUGGAACAGGAGCAGCAUAUUUCUUAAGAAAACUCUUUGGACCAAAAGGAAUUAAAAUAGACGUUUAUGAACAAGCAGCUAUUGGAGGCAGAUUGGCAACUGUAAAUGUUGAUGGUUUUGAGUAUGAAACUGGAGGAUCUGUAAUACACCCAAAGAACCAUUAUGUUGUGGGGAUAAUGAAAGAGUUAGGUUUGGGACGAAGAAAAACACAUGAAUCAACUUUUGGUCUCUAUGAUGGUAACAAAUUUCUUUUUCGUGAAGCAAACACUUGGAACUUCAUUAACACACUUAAAAUAUUGUGGCGGUAUGGUAUCAAUGUAAUCACUUUACAAGACUAUGUAAGUGACAUGCUUGGAAAAUUUGAAAGGAUCUAUGGACUACAAAAAUCAGGAUUUGCAUUUCCAAGUGUGAAUGAUUUAAUGGCAGGAACAGAUUUAGAACUUGCAGAGGCUCUGCAUGUGUCACUUAAGGAAGCUCUUCUACAUGAGGGAUUUUCCAAACUGCUGAUUGACGAAUUAGUAACAGCAGCAAUUGUUGUAGACUAUGGUCAGACCACAGACGUCCAUCAGUUUGUAGGAUCCGUUGCUCUUGCUGGGGCUGGUGCUGGUUUGUUCGCAGUUGAAGGUGGGAAUUUCAAGUUGCCAGUUAAAAUGUUAGAUGUUUCCGGUGCUACUUUAAAGAAAGUACAUGUGUCAUCCAUUGAGCUGCUCAAUACAGGAAAAUAUUUAAUACAUAGCACAGGAAAUCAUUCCAUAAAAUAUGAUGCUGUUAUUAUGGCCUUUCCAUAUGCUGAAAACAUUAAUUCCAAUUUUACAUUUAAAAAUUUCCCUUCUACAUUUAUAUAUGAACCCUCUGGUAAUUAUCAUCGUACAGUAAGUACAGUUGUAAAAGGAGAACUCAAUCAUACAUUCUUUGGUUUUGAAGAUGCUACAGAUGUUGUUGAUGAGAUUUUGUGUGUGAGAACAGACUUAGCAUUUAAUUCAAUUGGUAGGAUCUACCCUGUAAGUGGUACGCCCAACAAAAAGUCUGAUGUAUGGAAAGUUUUUUCUCAAGUACCUUUGUCAAGAGAACAGAUAGAUAGUUUGUUUAAAUCAGUAGAUAAAAUAGUUGUGAAAGAUUGGCUGGCAUACCCACACUAUCGUGCUGAUUGGAGGCAUGAUAAAUUUCGAAUACAUGAUAAUCUCUAUCAUAUCAAUGCUAUAGAAUGGGCUGCAAGUGCAAUGGAAAUGAGCUUGGUUGGUGCCAAAAAUGUAGCACUCUCAUUUUAUCAUGAUUGGGGAGAACCCAUAGUGGAAGCCACUGUUGAAGAAACUGUUAAGCUGAACCUAAAAGUAGAUCUGUAGUUCCAAAACAGAGUUUUUAUACUCCAUGUCAUUGUCAGUUAUCUACAAAUGUCAUGAAAAACAAGUUAUAAUUUGAGUCUCUGUAAGUCCAUCUUUAUGUAAUUUGUGAUCCACUUCUGUAUUGGGAUGGAAUUCAUUUACUCUUGAUAGAGUGCAAAUUUUGCAGAUCAUCUGUGACAAAAGUAAAACUGUGGAUCAUGCCAGGACUUGAACUGGACAUUUGGCUAUCACAAGUCCUUUUGUUUCAGUUGGGGUAUGAAUAGCUCCCCACGAGUCAAAUCAGAGCUUCAGUUUUGCCACUAGCUGCUCUCUGUUCCUUCCAAAUUCAAAACAGGCUCACAUGUGAAGAAGUGGAGUUUGGAGAGGAGACAGUGGCAAAUUGUAGCCUUGUGGCAGUCUAGAAGUCCCGAAGUCCCUAUGUGUGACAACUGGAACAGCCCAGUUCACACAAAACAGUUGUCUGGAUUUGAGUCCUGGUUUAGUCUACAGUUUUAUCUAUAAUAUAAUAUUAUAUAACAUAUGUGUUAUGUAACAAAGAAAAGCUCUUAAUUUGUUGAACAAUAUAUUAUCCACAAAAGUUUGUCAAGUGUCUCCCACUAUUCAUCUCAUUUGUAUGGUUGUGAAAUUUCAUAAUGAAUCACAAUGCAUAGACUACACCUUAUCAGUAUUAAAAGCUUUAGUAUAUAUUUUUUUUAAUUUACCACAUUGUAAUACAACUAAUUAUGGCUGUGAAAGUCCCAGUGAAUCGAAUUAUUCUGGAGUAAGGCUUUCAUUGGAAUCAACUGAUACCAAAAAUGGUUUUAAACAGCUGAUAUCCUGCCAUAAUUAAAAAGACUUUUAAUUAAGGAAAAAACUCUUACCUUAUCCUUUUGUGCCAGACUGAUUGCAGAAGGUAUGCCUAUAUUGUCUUUCACAUGUUGGCAGGUCUAAACAGCAUUAAACAUCAAAGAGAACUAACAUUUAAAAACUGUUAGCAUAAUCUUCAUUUUUGUGUUGUGAUUGGCAAAGACCUCUAUAAUAUUUGGAAAGGGAAUACUAUUAUCUAAGAGAAAAAAAGAGUAUAAUUAUCUGUUAGCAUUCUACACUAAAAGAAAUUGCAACACUCUGAAGGAUCAAUAAAUUAAAUUUAUACUUAAGAAUAUUUGUGUUUUUCCUGAAAACCAGCGACAAUUAUUGUGACAACACAGGAUGUGUGACAAAGUCCAGGAUGACAAAUUUUCACCUUUUUUUAAAUGUGUAUUUUGUUAUUGUCAGUAUACAUU